ACGAAAUCCCAUUUGAUAUCCAAUCUGUGCUUAGUCAAUGCUAUCAUUAAAUUAAAUCAUUUGAUUAUAAUGAAAUAAUAAUUAUAAAUACAACUAAUAAAUACUGAAAUGAAUACAUUUCCAAAGUAUGGCCUUUAUUACAAAAUACGAAGAACAUGCCAUCGACUUGCACAUACCGAAACGAAAUUGCAAAAACAAGCAAAGUGGUUGAAACCUGCUGGAUAUGAAACGAAUAUUCAGAUCUAUAAUCCUAUAACAAAAUGCAAAGUGCCGUUAAUUUCAAAAAAUAAAGAUGUUUUAACCUGGUACGUUUGCGGUCCUACCGUGUAUGAUUCGGCACAUAUAGGACACGCAAUGACAUACAUGCAUUCCGAUAUCAUCAGAAGAAUAUUGUCAGACUACUUCAAUAUAAAUGUUGUAAUGGCUAUGUGUAUAACAGAUAUAGAUGAUAAAAUAAUAGCACGUUCCAAUAAUGUGAAGCAAAAUUAUACAGAUCUAACGAGACACUAUGAAAAUGAAUUUAUCGAAGACAUGAAGAUGUUGAAUAUUACAGAGCCUCAUUUGUAUUGCAGGGUUACUAAUUACAUGCCAGAAAUUAUUCAGUUUGUAAAAGGCAUUGUAGACAAAGGCAAUGCCUAUGUUCUAAAAGAUGGAUCUGUUUAUUUUGAUACUUCUAAAUAUGAAGCAUAUGGCAAGUUAUCAACUCCAGUAUCAGAUAGUUCCCAUGCUUAUAAAAAAUCUGCGUUAGACUUUUGCUUGUGGAAAGCAGCAAAGGAAAAUGAGCCAUUUUGGGAGUCUCCGUGGGCUCCUGGAAGGCCAGGAUGGCAUAUAGAAUGUAGCACUAUUGCAAGCACAAUUUUUGGAAAUUCUGUGGAUGUACAUAGUGGCGGAUUAGAUCUUAUUUUUCCACAUCAUGAGAAUGAGGAAGCACAAUCGUGUUGUUAUCAUGAGGUAGAGCAGUGGGUCAAUUAUUGGAUACAUUGUGGAUAUUUAUCUUUGCAAGACGUAAAAAUGUCAAAAAGUCUGAAAAAUACAAUCAGUAUAAAAGAAUUUCUUGAAAAAUAUACAGCAAAUCAGUUUAGAAUUCUUUGUUUGCUUUCUAAUUAUAAAAAUGAACUUCAAUUUUCCGAUGACGUAAUGAACAAUGCAGUAGAUGUAUUACAUAAAAUUGAAAAUUUUAUUAACGACUGUCAUAAUUAUAUUAUUGGAAAUUGGAGUACUGGUAAAGUAGAUGAAGUUACUUUACUUCAUUGUUUAGAAGAAACGAGGAACAGCAUUAAUAUUGCAUUAGCAAAUGAUUUUAAAACUGCACAAGCUAUGAAAUCACUUAUGAAUCUAAUUGAUGUAGGAAAUAAAAUGUUACACGAUUUUCAGGAUAGUACAAAGACUUGCGGUACCUGCAUACCUGCUGUAACUGCAGUAUUGAAUUAUGUAACAACAAUACUUUCUAAAUUUGGAAUUUCAAAUCGUAGUAAAGAAAACGAUUAUAAAAUAAACAAUGUCAUAGACUGUUUGAUAAAAUUUAGACAAACUGUGCGUAAUAAAGCUUUAGAACGAGAUGUAAAAGAUAAAACUUUACUUACAGCGUGCGACGAAGUACGAUCAGAACUUACCACUUGUGGUAUAAUAAUAAAGGUAUGAACGUUAUAUGUAUUUGAUUAAUUUAAUAUUUUUAAGUUAUAUAUUCUAUAUUCCUUAUUACUAUAUUAUACCUAUUCUAAUUCUGUUAUUCUAGGAUUACAAAACUGAAACUGUUUGGAGUAUCAAAAAAUAUUAAAUAAAUAAAAACAUUCAUACAGUAAUUUAAUAUUUUUAAUAAAAAAAAAAUUGUAUUUACAUUUAUUUCCAUACUGAUUUUGGAGUUAAAUUAAUACAACUUACAAUUAGUCAGUCGAAUUAUUAUUGUUAACUUUUAAUUUCUUUGAGUUAUCAUUAUUUUCGACAUUUUUUCUUUUCAUUCCAACUUUCUUUUCUGCCACUGUUUUUUUUAAUCCUUUCAUCUUUCUCGUUUGUAUACUAUUAAUAUUUUGAGCACCAACAUGUAUACGACCAUAAGUUGUUCCAAAUUUGUCUAUAGAUAUAUUCUUUUUCUUUUUAACCUAUAAUUAAAUAUUAAAUAUAUUUAAUUAAAAAUACAUACUAAAUCAUUAUUUCUGUCGUUAACUAUUAUUUUUAAAAUAAAAUUACGUAUUACCUUAAGCUCCUUUGGUUUUUUACAAGCUUGCUUAAACAAAUCUUCAGAAGCAAGUUUUGUACGUCUACAAAUUAAAUCUGCUCUUGGUCCAAUUUCUUCUAAUUCAAUUCUUGGUAUUCUACAAUCAGAUUUUUUCAGAAGUACCCUAAAACAUAAUUUUAUUAAAUAAGUUACUUUUCAAAGAAGUUUGCAUAUAAAUAUCCAAUGCAAUUCAGAAGAAAAGUAAUAUACCUAUAACUGCGUAAAAGUAUUUUAUUCUCAACUGCAGUGAAACUUAAGACAUGUUCCAGACCUUGUAGUCUAAUUUUUUCAACUGAUUCCCUUUGAAACAUAUCCACAAGCAAAUUUUUUAUUCUAUUGAACUCGUGAUUAUUUUCAAAAAGUUCUCCAUUGAAAACUAACAAAGGUUUCAUUCCUUCUGGAAUUUUUGAAAUCUUAAAAUCUUUCAGUCCUGUAUAAUUUUCUAUGCCAAAUUCUGCCAUAUCUAAUAAUGUUUGUUCGUACAUUCUUCCCAUUAUUAAAUUGUGAGGACGUUUUUUAUUAUGCAAGGCAAUCAUAAAAAGUGGUGCAUUAUAUUUUAUAGAAAACUUUUCAAUACGUGUUAUAUCUUCAAAUGGUAAUAUAUCAUUUUUCUUCUGCAUUAGUUGUGCAUCUGGCUUUUUUAAAUCAUACUAAAAUCAAACAUCGAUCAUAUCAUUCAUAUAAAACAUUUUGUGUGAUAAUCAUAUUAUAUAAUUCAACUUACCAAAUCUUUCAUAAAAUCUACUACAAUCUGUGAUGUGUUUUUACCUUUAAAACACAAAGUUUGUUUACUAUCUUCUAUUAGUUUUGGUUCUUUUUUUAUAAUAGCUCUUUUACCCUUGUGGGUAGUUGGUUUUCUACAAUAAAAAUCACAUUUACAUUUCUAAGACAAAAAAUACAUAUAUUUAUAAAAAAAAUUUCAUUUUCAAUAAUGUUUAACGAAAAUCGACGAAAGUUUUAAUACGCGUAAAAAUAAGAAUCAUAACCAAAAUAUUUGAUUUCGUAUAAAGUUAAAGAUACCUACACUACUCUUUGUAUUACAGUCAUAG